AAACUGCGAGACUCACCUAGUGUGUGUCUGUGUGUGUGUCUCUGUGUGUGUGUGUGUUUGUGUGUGUGUGUGUGUGUGUGUGUAUAUAUAUAUCUAGCCUGCUGGAAACGAAACCGAGCUUCAGACACGCGUGGUCGGUGCGCGCGCUUCAGGAGGCUCGGAGUUGUGGUGGUGGAGGUCUAAUGGCAGGUCUGAGGAGCGGAUCAGGAGCGACACGAACCCGGCAGAGAGGAGGACACCCAGCAGCAGCAGUCCUCACACUCCUCACGCUGCUCACCUGCUGCGUCAGGUGUGCGGAACCAGCACCAGACAAACCGAGCAACAUCAUCCUCAUCCUCGCCGAUGAUCAGGAUGUCGAGCUGGGGGGGAUGACCCCGAUGAAGAAAACGAAAGCUUUAAUAGGAGGCGCAGGAGCAACUUUUGUGAAUGCUUUCACAGUCACGCCGCUGUGCUGCCCGAGCAGGAGCAGCGUCCUGACCGGUCAGUACCCCCACAACCACGAGGUGAGGAACAACUCCGUGUCCGGGAACUGCUCCAGUCCUCAGUGGCAGAAAGGGCCCGAGUCGGUGGCCUUCCCCUUCUACCUCAGCAAACAGAAGUACCAGACGUUCUUCGCUGGGAAAUAUCUCAACCAGUACGGUAAGAAGGAAGGAGGCGACAUCAGUCAUGUCCCACUCGGCUGGGAUCAGUGGCAUGCGUUGGUGGGGAACUCGCAGUACUACAACUACUCUCUGUCGGUGAACGGUAAAGAGGAAAAGCAUGGAGACAGUUAUGAGAAGGACUACCUCACAGACCUCAUAACAAACCGGUCCCUUCACUUCCUGGACGACAGAAGUCCCCAGCAUCCGUUCUUCCUCAUGCUCUCUCCCCCCGCCCCUCACUCGCCCUGGACCGCAGCGCCGCAGUACCAGAAAGAGUUCAGCACCGUCAAAGCGCCGCGAGACGGGAGCUUUGACAAACCGGGGAAGGACAAACACUGGCUGCUGCGUCAGCCGAUCAACCCCAUGCCCAACAGCUCUCUCACCUUCCUGGACGAUGCGUUCAGGAAAAGGUGGCAGACUCUGCUCUCUGUGGACGACAUGGUGGAGGCGCUGGUGAAGAAACUGGACAGCAUAAAGGAGCUGGACAACACGUACAUCAUCUACACCUCAGACAACGGAUACCACACAGGUCAGUUCUCUCUGCCCAUUGAUAAAAGGCAGCUGUAUGAAUUCGACAUCCGGGUCCCUCUCAUGGUCCGAGGUCCUGGAAUCAAACCGAACCAGACACUGAAGGCUCCGGUGUUAAACAUCGAUCUAGCUCCGACCAUCCUGGACAUUUCUGGGCUCAAUCUGUCCACCGUGAACGUGGACGGCCAGUCUUUCCUUCCUCAGAUGGCUCCCUCUCUCCGCAACGGCACCACCCGUCCAUUUUUCCUCGUUGAAUACACCGGAGAGGGACAUCCAGAACCAGAUCCUUCAUGUCCCAAACUCGGUCCUGGUUUGUCUCAAUGUUUCCCCGACUGCGUGUGUGAGGACGCCUACAACAACACCUACGCCUGCGUCAGGACGCUCGACAAAGACCAAAACCUUCAGUACUGCGAGUUUGCAGACAGCGAGUCGUUUGUAGAAGUGUAUAACCUGACGUCGGACCCCCACCAGCUGGAGAACAUCGUGAAGAAGGUGGACCCCGCCGUCCUGCAGGCCAUGAACCAGCGGCUCAUUAAGCUGCAGUCCUGUGCGGGCGACAGCUGCCGUAAUGUCAAGUAAAAAAAAAAGGACUAGUUAAUUCUAGUCGAGGGGGGGGGGGGGACUGUUUUCAUUCAAAUGUUUUAUAACUGUCACAUUCAGACUCGUCUCAGGCGGUAAAGUGAAGAUAUGAUGAUGAUGACUGAGUUCUGUUGAGCUGCUUCAGUUUCAGGGUCCUGGUCUUGUGCAUGCUGGUUCACUGUCACAACGUCAGGGUUUACUGGGACACUUGAACAGAGCAGAGGUCAUCGUUGAAGGACACCAGUUUGACGUUUUAGGAAAUAUGCUCUUUUGCUUUCUUGCUGUUUGUUAGAGGAGAUGAUAAAUACCACUCUCAUGUCCGUCUGUUAAAUUUGUAACCUUUUCUAGGAGGAGGAGUUAGCUUAAAUUAGCAUGAAUAAUCAUAAAUACACUGGCUUUAAAGGUCUGAUUGGACUUAAAGGAACAGUUAACAUUUUUGGAAAUCACUCUAUUGUGAACACUUAUUUUGUCCAUGAACACAAAGAUGGAACCAGGAUUGGGUUAUCUUAAAUAAGCAAUAGUUAGCUUAGCAUAACUACUGUUUAGAUGAUUUAUUUAGAAUUGGAGAUGCAAAUGUUUUUUUUACCCUUCUUGUUGAAAGAUCGCGCAAAAAUAUUGACUAUAAGAGAAGCAAAAACUCAUGAAGUAUGUAUCUUAGUUGUUUUUAUGCUCUAAACAGAUCAUAGAUAUAUUUAAGCUGCGUCCUAUCCAAACAUCGUCAUCAAAUGAACGGACGUGAAAGUCACAUCUCGUCUCCUCUAAAGCAGACUCAGACCUCCCUCCACUCCACCAGAAAGGGAGUGUGUCACAGGGUAUUUCCAAAAAACAGUCAAACUGUUUCCUGAUAUGUAACACCGGUUCAUUUUCCUCCUAUGACGAGUCAAAAAAAUCUACUGUGAAAUAGAUCUAUUUUCCUGAGCUGUGCUCAAAUAUCUCGUGCUUUCAAGAGGUAAUUAUUUUCUGCCGAACUACUUUCCCAUUUCAUAUCACGCAGACUGGACUUCUACCGUUCUGUAAUGUAGAACUGUUCACUUUUCUUUUCUUCUUAAAGGGACAGUUUGGUAUUUUUAAAGUGUGCUCGUAUGAGGUACUUGUCAAUAGUUGGUUUAUUAGGCAGCAGCGAUGUAGGUCAGUUCAGCUCCUCUAUUGAGAAACAGCAGGAGUGCCUGCAUGGAAGUUAGGCUGUACAGUGUCGACGUAAUUUUGCUUAUUGUAAGAAAAAAACGAUCUUAAAAAACAUCAGGGUAAAUGUACGCUAUGUUGAAAUAAUGCACAGCGCUUUCUGUUAUCAAGCCCGCUGCCUGCAUCCCUGCUGAUGACUCAGUAGAGGGGCCGAGCUGACCAACCUCUCUGAUCGGCUGAUAUAGUACCUGAUACGACCACAUUUCAAAAACACAGAACUAUCCCUUUAAGGGGAAUCAGAACAUUUGUAUCAGUUACAUGAAAAAAAAAACUGGCAUUAUUUGCUCUUAUACAACCAAAUGAUUGCCAAUCAGUAAGUAGAUCAAAUGUUGUGGGGUUAUUUUGCAGAGAUUUAAAUGAGAUUACAUCAGUCUGUUCCAUAAAGCUCACAGAAGAUUUGUGAGUUAGGUAUAAAACAUGAGAACAGAGGGAAAAGGCUAGCAUGACGCUGUUCAAAGGGUUACAGUCACACUCACAUGUCGACAUACAGCGUGUGUUUUUUAAAAAUUCAUACAAAAAUCGAUCUGUACAAAAAUUCUAACUUUUAUACGGAGGUUUACAGUAUGUGUGGGAAUAUUUCUUGGUUUGGUUUCUUGGACUUUGACAGGAAUAAUCUGAUGUGAAACUUGAGAUAUUCAUAUAUAUCUUACAUUUUAAAAUAUAGGAUCUAACGCAGUAAUUACCCCCCCCCCCCCCAACCCCCACAGCUUUCCCCAUACUGAUUUCAGUCCUUAUACUAAACUUAACUGGGAUCUCUAUUUUUACCUGAAUUCGGUUAAAGUUUCCACAGCUUGUGUAACUAUUUCUGGCAGAUGAACCCGUGGAGAACGCAGCUCUGUUUUCUUAAAUAUCUUUAAAUUUGUGCUCAUAUUUGUUUUUCUAAUCUCUGCAGCACUUUUAAUGAACAUAAUUUAGAAGAAUAAUCUCUUCAGUUGACACCACCAGGUGUGUUUAAUUAUUGCUCCAACAUUGUGCCACAGUUUUAAUCCUGAUGUAGUUUAUUAGGGUGGUUUAACCCCGAGUAUUAAUGGUGACAUUUGUAAGAAGCCUUUUUUUUUAAAGUUGAAGUUGGUAAAAAAAAAAGUGCUGAUACUUCUGAGAUGUGUUGUGUUUUUUUUCCGUUGUUGGGGAUCCAUUAAGGGAAAUUUCACAUGUAAUGAACGCUUUAAUCCUGUGUGCCUUGUUUUUGCACUGACUGGGCUCCUGUGGGCUCUUUUUAAAUGUGAAUGUAUUUUUUUGCACUGUGAUGAAAGUGAUUACAAAUAAAUCAUGAGAAGCA